GGGUAGGCUAUCUCGGAAAUAAUCUGCCCACGCGUUAAGCUGCUUUAUCCCCGCCAAGCCGCAGCCCGGACAGGGAGCGCAGCGCAUACGUCUCCCGUACGAGACACAGGGAAGUGGGAAUUAAAGGGAGGGGGGGGAAGGAAAAAGUGAUACCCUAAGACAAGCGGAGGCAAGUUUGAGAAACACAUCCUCCUCUGUGUGUAAGGAUCUAGAGGUUCGCAGCUUCUAUGGAGCCCUGACCGGACCCAGACAGACGGCCACAGCGGGGGGACAGGUGGUAGAAAACAAGCGCACAAAAGGAACUGAACUAAAGCAAGAAACUGGCCGCGAAGGUUUGGGCAUGGAAAACACCGGAUUCUGGAUUUUCUUGAUAACAACUUGCCUCAUACCAGGAGUGAAUGGCCAGACUGUGGAGAUGGAUGAUGGGAAGUCAGGGUAUGUGGGCUCCAAAGUGGAUCUCCGCUGUCGUUUCAUCAACAGCUCCCCACCAGUCAAAAUAUCCCAGGUGACGUGGCAGAAACUGGUGAAUGGCACAAAGCAGAACGUGGCGAUUGCCAAUCCGUCCCUAGGUGUGUCCGUGGCCCCGCCCUACAGGGACCGCGUCACUUUCAAAAAUGCGGCGGUGAGACGACGAACUCCAACUCUGGAAGACACCACCAUCACCUUCUCCUCACUUCGCAUGUCCGACGAAGCCACGUACAUCUGUGAAUACACCACGUUUCCUGCAGGGAACCGAGAGAACACGGUGAACCUGACUGUAUACGUUCGACCGACAACCCAGAUGAGCCUGUCCACACCGACGCUAGUAGCUCGUUCUUCUAAUCUGAAAACCCCAGUGGCCACUUGCAUCUCUGCGAAUGGAAAACCACCUGGUGUCAUCAGAUGGGAGACCAGGGUGCCUGGAGAAGUGACCACCAGAGAGUACAGAAACUCUGAUGGGACGUUCACAGUUCAAAGUGACUACAUUUUGGUGCCCAGCAAAGACACACACAAGGAGACUCUAACGUGCGUCACCACGUAUAACGAGGAGGUCUUCACUGACAGUGUAACCCUCGACAUUCAGUAUGAACCAGAAGUUUCAGUGGAUGGUUAUGAUGGAAACUGGUACUUGAACAGAGAAAACGUCCAGCUGAGUUGCCAAGCUGAUGCAAACCCAGCUGUCUCUUUGUAUCAGUGGAGACUGAUAAACGGUACCAUGCCAAGCAACGCUGAAAUCAGAGACAAUGUCCUUGUCUUUAAAGGCCCAGUCACGUAUGAGCUGCAAGGUACCUAUGUAUGUGAUGCAACCAACAGCAUCGGGACACGAUCCAGCUCAGUGGAGGUCGGAAUUAUCGAAAAACCGUUACCACAAAUUGCAACAGGUGAUGUGAUCAGCGUAGUCGCCUUAUUAUUGGCUGCUGGAGUGCUCUUGGGCAUCACUAUCACAGUCCUGAUCCUCAAAAUAAGAAGUAGAAAAGACAACUCCUCAAAUGAUUCUCCGUCCAGAAAACUGUCCCAGCCCAUUAGGAAAAGACCAGAUGACAUCCAGCAUUCAGGCAGGUUUUAUGAAGAGCUUCCUAACACCGCGGACUACGUGAGCUACAGACUGGCCUGUAACAAGGAGGACUACCCGGAGCCCUACUCCCCUCCCAUCAACCCCCCUCUCACUUUUCUGCCCCAGCACCCGUACCACUCCUCUCAGCCGACCACGGCCACCAGCAGCAGCAGCAGCACCAUCACAUCAAAAAACACCUUCUCUCCUCCUACGCACACCACGGCCAUCUUCAAAUACCCAUCAGUCCCUGGUCUGUCUUCCCCUCCGCCGGGUGUCGGGGCGUACACUUUCCCCAAAGAGCAGUACGUCUGAAUCCACACCUCAAUAAAAACUCAAACUUCUCAGUGAUCUCAUCUGAAAAGACACCUCUAACCUCCCCAGGAGGAGUUUGUAAAUAUCUCUGGACUACUUACCAGUGUGUGUCUACUGUGUGUGCCACUGGAGAUGACUCUGCAGGUCGAAGGACAAUGCAGCUUCUGUUUUGGGCUUAGAAUUAAGUCCGUUUAUAAAAUACUUCUAUGUCUUUUCUGUGUGCGUACCAGUAUUCUUUGAAAAGAUGCGCAUUUCAAGGUUUUGCGUCAGGUUACAGUCCAGUUACAGAUGAUUUGACUUUCAUUGGAGUAAAGUCAUCUUCCAUUUGUGCUGCAUUUGAUUUGAAUUUAUGAUGGGAUUAUCUGUCGAUGUCCAAUGUGGCUGACCUCAUACUUUAUCCUCUAUGAUAUAAUUUUGUACAAAAAAAAAAAAAUCCAAAAAGUAUUAUUAUUCCCUAGUCUAUAUUGAAUGCUCACUCUUUAUCCUGUGGAAAACACAGAUGAUCUCUUUACUAAACAGAGCAGCAGACCUCACCUUUUUGUUUAACUUUGUGUUCUGGUGAAAUUGUGUAAAACUUUGACUGUGUAUGUAUUUUGUAUCAUUUUUCUUCUAAGGAAAAUUUUUAUUUACUAAGAGCUUUUUGUUGGCUUAUGAUAUUAAUGUUUUUAUUUGUGGUAUCUGUGGGUUUUAGUAUUCAUUGACACUGGUUGUUUAUGAACGUUUAACAUUAAAAAUGUCCAUCCUA